GGCUCAUCGACGAUGUCGCUGAAUCAUCGAAAUUGCACCCCAACGGCCGAUCUGUCACCCGGCUGAAGGGUGGCUUCCUCCUUGGCGCUCUCCCCUCGUCUUCGGAAUGGGGAUCUGGCUGGGAGAGUCAUGCCCGUAGUCGUCCUCUGAUAUCCUGCGACUUGCAAGUCCACGUCGCCUCCUCGGCCUCUUCUCCCGCGCUUGCGCGGCUCAUCGUUCACCCAGUAAUGCGCCCGACAUACUAUCUUCCUCUGUGUAUCGCGCUCCCUCUCCCGGCGGGAACCCCCAUCACAUUGCUUCCCCACGGCGUUCCUGCGUACUACCUCAACACCUACAGCGGUCCCGCGGCUGCGCUCAUCGCGCAAUUUGAUGAUGCCCUUCUCGGUUUGGGUGUGGGGAAUUGGAAGAGUACUGAGCCGUAUGGCACCUCUGAGGAUCACAGUUCUCGGACACAUCGCAGUUCACUCCGUCCAGAAACCCCGGUUUUCGUCAUCGCCUGGCUCGCAGUACAGAACAAGCAAGGGGAGGAUAAGGGGAUGCCUGUGAUUUGGCCGGCUUCGCUAUGCGUUUCUUACCAUGCUAGCUCCCCCUCCCCCCACGCUCGCUCUCCGCUAUCCUACAUUCCGGAGCUGCCCGCCCAAUUGCAGUCUUCCCCUCCACCACCUAUGUCUGCCGCUCCUACAUCGCUCUCCUUUGCUAUCGCUGCAUCCUCCACAAUGGAUAUACCGGCUAGAUCGUCGACGCCGCAAUCUCAAGGUCCCGGGUCGUCAAAUGUCGAACGAGAACGAUUGUCGACGUCUUUCCAGCGGCGCCCGAGUUUUUUGCGGUCUUCGCCUACCAGUGACUCUUUGCGAGCGUUUCGCUCCUUGACUCUAGCACGGAAGCCGUACGGCCGUCAAAUGAAGAAGGUGGCUGCGGAGGUUAGCGGGUAUGUGGAGUCGGUCGUCAAGGAACGCGAGCUUGAGCGAGCGCGUCUUCGACGAGGGAAGCAGGAGAAGGAGAAGGAACAGCAGGAGCAGGAAGCAGCUCAACGUGCAAAGCUCGCCGGUGCACAGCCACGGCAGGCAACGGAGCCACCUACCCCCGCGCCGAUCCAGCGAGAGCCAGUCGAGAUCGUACAACAGGUCAACGCUGCCGUCACACCGCCAGGUUCUGCGGAACCGCCGGUCCAAGAGGAGCCCAUUGAGCCAGAGACCCAUACAGCCGAAUCUGAUCAUUCUGGUGAUUCGCUGUUCUCUCCUCCCGACGCGCCCAUCGAUCUUCCGUCUACGGAGGAUGAGACCUCAGCAGUCCCUGAGCAGCCUCACAACAUCACCGCACCUCCUGCUGGGGAAGAAAUAGUGCUAGCUCUACCUGUGAAAUCAGACCCCGAAUCGACUUCUAUGGCGUUUGACCCCUUCAGCGGGUUUGACGGCACCUGGGGACAGCAGUCCGGCGGAUACAUGGACACCAACAUGUAUGACAUGGACUUCAACAUGAAUAUGGACCCACUCGGUGGCGGCCGUGCCAGCGGCGUAGGCGGGGGCAGCAGCAGCUUCGACAUGGACGACGGCUUCGGGGUGUUCACCGAAGACGACUUCGACUUCUUCGACGCCCCGAGCGCACAACGCGGAGCCCCCUCCGCGCACUCGAUGGUUGUGGACACUGGCUCAGGUUUGACGCCUGCAGCCGGUCCACCGCCCCUCGGGCUGACCCCGCUGGUAACGGUGGACGGACCCUUGUCGGGACCUGGCCCGCCAUCUGCAACCGGAAGCCAUCCGUCUCCGUGGACGGCACACCUAGGUGAUCCGUUCACUCCGCGACACCCUGCCGACAUGCACGGGAUGAUGGACAGUUCCAUCCUCCCCGAGCUGCUUCCGUCUUCUCCGACGCGAACCCCAUCGUCGUACUCUGCCCCCGCCACGCCCGCGGUGCAGCUCUCCGAUCCGUACAAGGGGCACGACGCGCGCAAGUCGAGCAUUUCCUCGCUCGGAUCCAGCACGUUCGAUCCCAUACCUUUCGCGUCCAGCCACCGAGAGGCGGACGGAAAGUAUGCCGUUGGGAAGUUCGCUCUACCCUCCCCACCCGCGGAGCAGGAUCGUCCGGAGAUGAUGUUGACAAGCGUCGCGGGCCCGCCAUCUCUUGCUGGAUGGAAAUACCGGUAUAGCGUGGUCACUGAUCCCAGGAUAGGUGUCGUCCGCAAGCUCAUCGGGGUGAAGCGCAAGGUGCUAUCUCAGGGUGUGCGUGACCAGCGACGAUCGUCGGCGUGGGACUUCUAUCGCGAACCCGAGGAAUGGCAGAGUAGCUCCCCACCGACGGCAGCAGUCGACUCAGAAGAGUCUGAGGACGACGACGAACCGUGGGUAGAGGAGGAGGAAACAACGACGUCCGUCGCGCCGCGCCCAUCGACACCCCCGCCGUCAUACCUUCCCCUAGGGCCUUCUCUGCUUCAGACUUACUUCCACCAUGCUCAUUUACUCCCUCUGUGCACGACACUUCGCCCGCCCGGGACGGCUGCGUCGAGUCCACCCGGCCACGCACCAAUUAUCUCUGUACCCACCCCAGUGUCGCCUGCUGCGAUCCUCGGCGCGGCGUCGGAGAAGUCGAAGUCUUUGGAGGCGGCUGCGCAGAUCUUGGUGCGGGAGGUGGUCGAGAAUCCGGUGUGGGCUGAGGCAUGGCGAGCAAAUGCGUCGCUUUCGUUGACACCGCCGGUCCUUCCUACAAAGCUAUGGCAAGCGGAUGCAAGAUACAUCAGCAAGUUGCUUAGGGAUGAGCGUGAUACACAGUCUUCGACUACUAUACAAGACGUCUUUGGAGUCGCGUCGGAUGAGCCGUCUAGUGUUACUCUUCGAAGUCUUGAGCCGCCCUUGCUCGCCAUAGGCAAGGAUGAGACUAUCGUGCAGCUGUCUUCGACGUCGCUUCGGUUCUGGGAGAAGCUUGGCUUAACUCCGCGCGCAGGUCCCAAGGACGUGACGGCCUUUAUAUUUUACGAAGGCGCUGACGAGGAUCGUGAGACCGAGCUCGAAGGCUGGUUGAGCAAGGUGUCCGCCGCGUAUGCUGCCAAGAACUUCGGUUCGCAUGCCGCUGGGAUCUCAAGUCAUUGCACGAAGCCGGGACUGGUGCCCACGCGGUUUGAUACGCUCCGCAAGACCCUCAUGAGCUUUGUGUCGACAAUCCCCACGAGGCACCCGUACCUCGUCUUCUACAUCGCAACACCGUCGCACAUCAUCUCUCCUUCGUCGACCGUACUUCGUCAAAUCCUCUCGGCAGUGCGACGAUUCAGAGCGCAGUCAGCCGGGGACAUCCUCAUUCACUUCGUGCCUGAGUCGCUCAUCGAGGGCAUACAUACUCACCCGGCCUCUAAUCUUGGCGGCCUGGAUGACUUUGUCUGCAGUGUCUAUGAUCGCAUCCUGGUGCCUGUCACUCGUGCGAUGUCGCGCGAGUUCUUUGCACGAAGCGCUGUCAUGACCGGCUACUUUGAAGCUCCAGCCUACGCUCUUAUCUGCACGGCUGGUAACAAGUCGCGCUCGGAGCCUCUCCCACCUCAAGUGUCGUACGCGCUGGAGUCGUCUGUCUCUUCUCUGGAUGUCAUGAAUCGACAUAUGCUUCUGCACGUCGGCUACCAGGUCUCGAGCUGCGGUCGCUGGAUACUUGCAGCAUGCAUCGACGCAGCGGGCGAAGCGCACGAGAUCAAGGCUUUUCUGACGCCUGACGAUAACGUUGAGGGCUUCCUAGUCAGCCACGUCUGGGGCUUUGUACACGACUUUGCAAGACGCGCGAACGUCGAAUGGAGGAUCGUCAUCACCAAACUCGGGGUCAUGGCCCAUUCAGAGGUCCGCGCCUGGGUCUCGUACCUCGAUUCUGCGGUGUCUAUGUCCUCCGAGAUACCUCCAAUCCACGUUACGCUCCUCGCGGUCGACAACGAGAAUUCCUGGACGUUCCUGGCACCAUCGGACGUCGGCCCUAUGGAUAUCAUCCGGCGCAACUCAGCGCCUGCCAUGCCGACCAGGUCGUCUAUACGCACCUCUCACACCAUCUUUUCCGACGCCUCUUAUGCAACCUACUCCCUCUCGCCCCCGCAGAGCUUGGCUAUGCAUCCAAGCUACGUGGUUGAGCGAUCCGCGAAAUCUAUUCCUCCUGUGGUCAUCCCUGGCUCCUCCGACCUACCCUAUAUCCCCGACCUUGACGACGAAACGGACACCACGUCACAACAACAGCCAAUCACGGAUGCUCUGCGGAUACCUGGUUGGAGCGCGGUCGUUUGUGCGCCUUCUUCAGCGGACCACUCCUCUGUCUCCACCAUGCGCGUCUUCCAGCUCUACGUCACGCGAUCCUUGCGGUCGACGUACGAGAUCUCGAAGAAGAACGCAGCGGUCACGCCCUCUCAGGUUCAUAGCGAGCAUAUGGACGACAUCGUCCGUAACUUCUACGACUUGUCGCUCCUUGCGCGGGUGCGGUGGAAGUUGCGCGCGGAUCCUGCGCUGCCGUUCCACCUCGCCGCGCUGGAAGUCAUGCGUGCGGCUCUCAGCGGGGGCGCCAGCGAGUCGUAGAAACCCGUCUGUUUGUCAUCUCCCUCCUUCGGACACCUUGCGGAAACCUCUCCAACUCUCCAACUCUCCACACAUGUAGUUACCUCCAUCCUCACGUUUCAUUCCAGCCUACCUAGCAGUGUACAUCAGCUACCAUCAUCUCGAU